UUCCAUAACAAGUAACAUAGCAACUCUUCAUUAUCCAUUUUUAGCUCCAAAGUAAACAGAACAAAUAAACAAAAACAACAACAUGAUGAUUAAUGAUUCAACCAUAAAGCUUUUUGGGAGAACCAUUUUUCUAACACACAACAACAUCGAUGUCUCUACCGAUGAUUCUUCCUCAGAACUUGCUUCUCGACUUCCUUAUGAAAAUUUAUCUGAUCAUAGUCUUCAUUCAUCUUUAUCUUCAACUUCUCCACUUGAAGUGAAUUCUCCAACAGAACAUGUUGCAAAGAGAUAUAAGGAAACAUCAAUCAAAGAACUAACCUCAAUGCAAGAUGAUGAGGCUUCAUUCCAAACUACAGAGGAUUCAAAAUCUCCCACAUCCUCAAGCCUUGUUGAGAACCCGAAAACGCCUUUAUCUGAGACAGAAACUUCUGAACUGAAUUCCAGUAAAAUUGAUGAACAAAGUGAUAUGUCACAAGACAAAUCUCCAAACAAACCAGACAUAAUUGUUCCAUGUCCUAGAUGCAAAAGCAUGGACACAAAAUUUUGUUACUACAACAACUACAACUUCAAACAGCCUCGACACUUCUGCAAAAACUGCCAGAGAUACUGGACUGCUGGAGGAACCACGAGAAGUAUGCUUAUAGGCGCAGGCCGUCGCAAGAACAAAAUCUCUUUUCCUUCUGAUGUCUCGCAUAAUGGUCAAAUGAGUACUACUGUCUUGGCCUUUGGAUCAGAUUCUCCAAUGAAUGUUGGAUCACAUGAAGGAACAUCUGGUAAGAGUUCUCAGAGUGUUUUUCCUCCGCAGUUUCCAUGGAACCCGACAAUGUUUUAUCCUGUGGCAUUCUAUCCCAAUAUAGCAUACUAUGGUGGUUGUUUGCCACCAUCUUGGAGUGUACAAUCUAUCUCACCACAAUCUUGUGCUCCAAGUAAUCCUUCUUUAAGGAAACACUCAAGAGAUGGAGAGAUUAUCUUUCAUUCCAACUCAAAGAAAGGAAAACUUGGCUCAGAAAAUAACAAGAUAGAAAGUAAUAAUAAUUGUGUGUUGAUCCCUAAGAUACUAAGAACAGGACUUUUCAAAGGAUUUGCAUCUAAGGGUGACGAGGAGAGUUAUGUCGUUGAAGCAUCCUCAUCAAUAUUGCAAGCUAACCCUGCAGCUUUAUCAAGGUCUCUUGUGUUCCAUGAGAGGAUUUGAUUGGUAAUAUUUAGCACUAACAACUCGGAUCGAAGGCAUGUCUGUGUCUGAUGUACAACAAGUUGCACUAUCAAUGUCAUGUCUGGUGUCAAUGUCUAUUGUAAAUUAUAGUGAGAAAGAUUCAUGAGAUUCCAAAAUGUUUCUCAAAGUAGAUCAUAGUCCAGUACAGUUAAAUUCUGCUCUAGUGCUUUUUUUUCAGAAUUAGAUGACUUUGUUGAGUAAAUAUCUUUUAUGUAAAUAUUAUGUAUAUGAGACACUGGAAAUGAAAUGAAGUUUUUGGACUGAAAUUCAAUGGUUUAGAAUAAAUAUAAGUACAAUUAGCUAUCAUAUUGAUCUCUUACUCAAAUGAAAACACAAUUUAACCCUCGAUCGCCUGUUCUACCAUAAGGCCCUCGCAGCGGAUGAGGCGGUAGAAAACAUCAAGGUUUUGU